GGCAAUUACUCGCCUCUUAAUCAAAACAGUAUCUCAGCUUCUUCAUCAGUACCUUUAAUCCUCCUCCUCCUCCUCCUCCUCGAUCCAUAGGCGGCCGGUGGUCAUGGAAUCCGAACCUCCACGCCACGCCCUCCUCCGUCUCCCUCACCUGCCGGGACUGCGGUGAGCUGAAAGGCCAGUCUCCCCGCGGAUCGUCGUCCGUCCCGCCGGAGAGAUCCGUCGCUGCUCCGGAGCUUUGUUCGCGCUCGCCUGAAUCUGAGGCUGUCGCGCUGACAUCUCUAGAGAGAGAGAGAGAGAGAGAGAGAGGCGACGUGAGAGAGAGGGACGGGUUCGCCAGCGCCAGCGCCGCGCAUGGCUAUGCCGCGGCGGCGCCAUAACUGGUACCAUCGGCUCCGGCGGCUCUCCCCGGUGAUAUUCGCCUCCUCCUGCGCUCUCCUCCUCCUCUUCUCUCUCCUCUCGUUCUUCGCUCCCCCUCCUAUCGAGCUGGACCACCGUCGCUCCCACCAGCACCAGCACCACCACCCCCCUUCCAAGGUUAGUGAUGGAGUCGACAAUGGGGCCGCUGCCACUGUGUCGUUUCGUGUUCCGAAGAGUGGGGGCAAGCUCCAACGCGACAUCUGGAGUUCGAGGAAUUCCGGGUUCUAUUACGGAUGCAGCAAUGCGAGCACCAAGUUUGCCAGAGCUGCAGCUAUUACCCAGCCAAACCGAUACUUGAUGAUUGCGACCAGCGGAGGCUUGAACCAACAAAGGACUGGGAUUACAGAUGCAGUUGUUGCUGCUCGUAUUCUGAAUGCCACUCUUGUUGUUCCUAAACUAGACCAAAAAUCAUUCUGGAAGGACGCCAGUGACUUCUCGGAGAUAUUUGAUGUUGAUUGGUUCAUCUCAUCUCUUACAAACGAUGUGAAAGUAAUAAAGCAGCUUCCUAAGAAGGGAGGAAAACCAUGGAGCUUCCGCUCCAUGCGUGUCCCCAGGAAGUGUAGUGAAAGAUGCUAUCACAUUCGUGUACUGCCUGUUCUUUUGAAAAGGCAUGUUGUGCAGCUCAGUAAGUUUGAUUACAGACUCUCAAACAAGUUGGAUACAGGACUGCAGAAACUAAGAUGUAGAGUUAACUACCAUGCUCUAAAGUUCACCAAUCCUAUACGCAAGAUGGGUGAUAAGUUGGUGAAGCGAAUGAGAAUGAGAAGCAAAAAUUUCAUCGCCCUGCAUUUAAGGUUUGAACCUGAUAUGCUCGCAUUCUCUGGCUGCUAUUAUGGUGGAGGAGAGAAGGAAAUCAAAGAACUUGGUGCAAUUAGAAAAAGGUGGAAGACUUUACAUAUUACUAACCCCGAUAGAGCAAGGAGACAAGGGAAAUGCCCGCUCACUCCUGAAGAACUUGGCCUGAUAUUGCGGGCACUUGGAUAUGGUAGCGAUGUGCACAUCUAUGUGGCAUCUGGUGAAAUAUAUGGAGGGGAAGAGACUCUUGCACCCUUGAAGGCACUCUUCCCCAAUUUCCAUACCAAAGAAACUUUAGCCAGCAAAAAGGAAUUGGAACCAUUUUCUUCAUUUUCCUCUCGUAUGGCUGCACUUGACUUCAUUGUUUGUGAUGAAAGUGAUGUGUUUGUCACCAACAACAACGGAAAUAUGGCUCGGAUAUUGGCUGGUCGAAGGAGGUAUUUCGGGCAUAAACCAACUAUUCGUCCAAAUGCUAAGAAACUGUAUCGCUUAUUCUCAGCCAAGACUAACAUGACUUGGGAAGCAUUUGCAUCUAAAGUCCGUAGUUAUCAGAGAGGCUUCAUGGGGGAGCCAAUGGAAGUGAGACCAGGCAGGGGCGAGUUUCAUGAGAACCCAUCCUCUUGCAUCUGUGAGGAUUCCGAGGCUAAGGCAAAGAGAGAUUCGAGACCAAGGAAACUCGGGAAAGGUAAGGACACCCCCGCGAAAGAUGAGGACGUCGUAGCCGAUGAUCAGAAUAUAAAUGAAGAUCCAGAAUGGUCAGACUUAGACGACGAGGACAAUGGAGAUGCCCUUCAGGAGAGUAGUUUAUUCAAUGGGACACUGUUGGACUAUGAUGCUGCUUCUGAAGAACCUGAGUUGGAAGAUAUCCUUUCGGACUAGUCACCGCGGUCGUCUCGACCAUGUUAAUAUAUUCUGCAAUGGAAACAGACCGAUCUUUUCACCAAAUUCAGUUUUCUCCCAUUCCCCGGAGAUUAUGCAGCGAUAUUGCCUACCUGCUUGACAAGAUGACUGCCGGGAAUCAGUACAUACACCUCUGGACCAUUCAUGAGAGCGAGUUCGUGAUAGUCAGUAGAAGAAGGCGCGAUACAUUCUUACCUCAAUGGAAGAGAUCAAAGAUUCUCCGUCCAUUUCCGGCGAAGGGACCCGAAAGUGAGUAGGAGGUGAAGUGUAGAGGACCACGUCCUGAGUAAAGGUAGUUUUACAGGAUUAACUAGAGACAGAUCGUUGUUCCUGGAUUUUUCUUUCCCCUGGAAGUAAGUAUUGCGGACAUUCUAUGUCCGAGAGCAAGGGGAGGGGACAAGAAGCAGCAAAAUCGCAUUGUUCUCAAUUAGCAUUUAUUUUCAUUCCUGUUA